UGCUCUGUCCUGUUCACUGCUGUGAGGUCCGUCACCCCCAAAAGUUGUCGCCGAUGGUCAGGACCAUCACUUGACUUUAGAGGGAACCUUAUAAUGUUCCGAAUCGUCGAGAAGGAUGGAGAUACUCACAUAUUUAGUGUUGUGAGCAAAACGCUGCUCUGCGUCAUUCGCGAUAAUCGGAAAGCUAAGAAGAAUGGCCUCACGUAUGUGGACACCCAGAUCGUUUCAGUGCACGAUUCCAUCCGACGACGAGAAGCCUCGCGCCAGAAAGCCGAGCUGCUGGCCAAGAAAAACGAGUUCCCCAUCCAUCUGCCUCCGGAAACCGCACCGCUGAUCACGAAGAAUUAUUACAUGUCGGGUUUCGGACUCCAAGCGGCGAAAUCACGAACGCAACGAGGGCAGACACAAGCGGUUCAGCAACAACAAGAAAUUCCAACGAACCGAGAUAGCCCGGAAGAAAUGACGUCAUGUUCGAAAUCGUUUCUGGAGGACGUUCCGUUCUCAUCUAACCUCGGACGCAGGUUCUUGAGGGACCGUCAGUGCAUCACGAAUUAUUCAGAACUCCCGCGCUAUGAGAGGUACAUCAAUCGGAAGUUCGGGCCUCCCUUGGAUUGUAUAACAUACCCGUACGUCUACAGAGGGUCGGAAUACCCGCAGCCGACACCCCUGAGAACCUAUUUAUUCGGGAAGCGUCCCAAAGGAGAAUAUGUAACCGUCAAAAGAAAAAGACCCAAUCAGCGCUAUUCUCGACGAUCGUAGUGAGAUUGAGUAAAUUGAGAAUUUAUUCACUUCGGUUGCCGCCACGCUACGCUUCGAGCUGCAUACUUUGUACAAACGAGAGAAAUUCUAGAUUCGUAUUUAUAUUCGUAGAGUUCGUAGACCGUGUGGCCAAACAUAGUCAAUUAAUACUUCAUCAACUCAUCGGAAGCGGGAUAAUAGGUGCGAAGCACAUCGACCCACAGGUACGCGAAUGGAGUGGCUGGAUCGACGGGCAUACUUUUGAUGGUUGUGGGAAAGCGGGGGAGAAGUUCUGAUCAUAGGACUGGGUUAAUGUUUAUUCUGUUCUCGGGAUCCUAUGACGCGAUUCUCGUCUCGAUGUGUUGUUUGCAGAGCAAUAGUGUUAAGGAGAUUCUUGCCCGUUUCCAGAGGUCUUCCAUGCCGGAGCUUUCCCACGUAGUUCGACAAUCGUCUAUCUGUAUUUCUUCCUCCCCAAACGUUAGAGUGGUUAAGAAUGUUGAUGGCACCUGUGACUUGGCACUCGGAAUUGCUGUGCAUAAAUAUGUGUAUAUGAACGGACUCAACUACAUCGCAACAUCAGCUCUUAUGCUAUCAUGAAUACUCGAUCACGAAAUGUACAUAAACUGUGACAAGAUAGUUUCCAACCGUGUUCAGCGCAGCGGCGCGGCGCAAAGCCACCACAAUGACGACAAAGACACAUGGACGAAAAUUAAAACACUAGAUCAGACGUAAAUUAAGACAAUAAAGUUCGGGUU